UUGUACCCAUCUAAUUUUCGUUGAAUUCAAAUAUAAUUGAGUCUUGACUUGGAGUUUGCCUUGGAAAUUAUAAACUUGGUAGAGGAAAGGCACUUGCACAACCAUCCUGCCUUUCUUCUUCAUUCAUACUUCCCUACUUGUUUACUAAUCCACUGUCAGUUGAUUCCAAACAUUAAAAAUGGCUGAUGCGAUCGUUUCCAUGCUGCUAGAGCGGUUGGCUUCAGCAACUUUUCAUUACAUAGAAGAUGAGGUGAAAAAUGUUUUGAACGUUAAGAAAGACGUUCAAGAAUUCACUAGUAAUCUCAUAGCUAUUCAAGCUGUGCUUCAGGACGCUGAGCGAAGGAAGGUGGAGGAGGAACACGUGAGAAACUGGUUGGAUAACCUCAAGGAAAUAUCUUACCAGAUGGCAGAUGUGCUGGACGAGUGGAACUAUGACAUUCUGAGGCAACAGGUUGAGAAGCAAGAAAGAGAUGGCGCAGCUGCUCUUGUUCCUGAAAAGAAGGUCAGAUUUUCUGUUUCCUCUGGUUGCUUUUGUUUUGGCCAAGUCAGUCAGGUCUUUAUUCGUCAUGACAUUGCUGCUAGGAUAAAAGAGCUGAAUGAGAGUUUAACUUUGAUUUAUAAGCAAAGAAAAAUGUAUGGGUUUCACAUAGAGAGAGGUACUCAACGACUUGAACGACGGAUAACUUCGUCCUUCGUCGAUGAAUCUUACAUCUUUGGACGAGAAAACGAAAAAGAUGUUUUGAUAACAAAUUUGUUGACUGAUAGUAGUGAACAAGGGAGGGGAACCCUUAUCAUCCCUAUUGUAGGGAUGGGAGGAAUGGGCAAAACAACUUUGGCACAACUAGUUUAUAAUGAUCCCAAAGUUAAAACCCAUUUUGAAAAGAGAAUAUGGGUUUGUGUGUCAGAUCCUUUUGAAGUGAUUAAGAUUGCCAAAGCUAUUAUUGGUAAUGAUCCCUCAAGUUCAAAUGAGUUGGACUGUGUCUUGCAACGCGUGUCUGAAUUCAUUGAGGGCAAAAGGUUUCUCCUUGUCCUUGAUGAUAUGUGGACUCGAGACCGUAAAAAGUGGGAACAAUUAGAGGCAGCAUUGAUUCAAAGCGGUGCUAAAGGCAGUAGAAUAGUGGUGACAACAAGACAACAUGAGGUUGUUGAUAUGAUGAGAGCAACAAGUCACAUGAUCAGUAUGGGAGAAUUGAGUGAACAAUUUUGUUUGUCAAUCUUCAAGCACAUGGCCUUUUAUGGUAAGGAAGUCAACGUGUCCAAUAAGUUUGAAGAUAUUAGUCGGGAGAUUGUAAAGAAGUGUAAAGGUCUGCCUCUUGCUGUCCAAACUUUAGGUAGUCUGAUGCGCAACAAGACAACACGGAGUGAAUGGCAAGAUGUUUUGAGCAGUAAAAUGUGGGGUCUAGAAGAUGUUGAGCAAGAAGUUUUCCAACCACUGUUACUAAGUUAUUAUGAUUUGGCCCCUGAAGUUAAAUGUUGCCUAUUAUAUUGUGCUAUUUUUCCUAAAGAUUAUCAGUUUGACAGAGAUUGUUUGAUUAAUCUUUGGAUGGCACAAGAUUAUCUUAAUUCGAAAGGGAAUAAAGAUAAGGAAAUGAUUGGCCAAACAUAUUUUGAUAACUUAGUAGCACGUUCUUUUUUCCAAGAUUUUGAGAAAGAUCGUGGCAGCGGUAAAGUUAUAAGUUGCAAAAUGCAUGAUAUUGUGCAUGACUUUCUCCAAUUUCUCAACAAGAAUGAAUGCUUGAUUAUUGAGGGUGAGGGUGCUACCAAUGAAAUGGCAAUAUGGGGUGAUAAGGUUCGCCAUUUGACCUUAGCUUCAGUACCCAGAGGUCCACUUUCACUAGCUAUCUCAUAUUCCAAUUGCAAAAACCUGCGCACACUCACAACUUUUAAAUGGGUAAUAACUACAAUAAGCUCAGAGUUUAUUUUGCAAUUGAAAUGUCUUAGGACAUUAAAUUUGAGUGGUGACUGGAUAGAUUGUAAUUGGUUCAAAGAACUUCCAGAGGAGAUUGGACAAUUGAUACAUUUGAAGCAUAUUGAUUUGUCUUUUAAUAAUGGUUUGAAGAAAUUACCUGAUGCUAUUUGUGAAUUAUACAAUUUGUGUACCUUGCGCCUUUUCUGUUGCUUCUCACUUGGAAAACUACCUGAUAACAUGGGAAGAUUGAUUAGCUUAAAACAUCUUUAUAUUGAAGGAUGUCCUCUCAUGUACUUACCAAAAGGGAUUGGGAGGUUAACAAGUUUGCAGGCACUGGAUACGUUUGUUGUGUGUUGCGGUGACAAGGAAGAAGCAUUACAAUUUGAAGAUCUGAGAACCUUGAACCUUCAGGGUAGUCUCGUCGUAGAGGUUUCUGGGGAUGUAAAAGAUGUGAGUGAGGUUGAGAAAGCUCAAUUGUGGGAUCAAAAGAAACUUUUUCAUCUCGGAAUAAAUUGUAGUGGUAUGCACUACAGGCAGACAGAAAGCAGUGUAGAAAUAUUGGAUGUCUUACGACCGCACAAAGAUUUGGAAGCUUUAGACAUUCUUGGGCAUACUGGGACUGCCUGGCCAAUUUGGAUGGCGUCGUUAAACCACUUGAAAAUCGUUACCAUUGUACGGUGGGAUAAGUGUGAAGUUUUGCCUCCUCUUGGGAAACUUCCGUCCCUCGAAAUACUAACCAUAGAUGGGUUGGACAGUGUGACAAAGGUUGGUGGUGAAUUUUUGGGAAUAGAAGAUCAGACAUCAUUCAAACCGUCGCCAGCAUUAUUCCCAAAAUUGAAAGAACUCCGCCUUCGCGGAAUGGUUAGCUGGGUAGAGUGGGAAGGCGUGGAAGGGUGGAAGAAAGAAGAAUCUGAAAUUACAGUCAUGCCAUGCCUUUCUUACUUAGAAAUUUAUUUCUGCCAUAACUUAAAGACACUGCCAGACUUCCUUUGCAAAGUACCACUACAGAAUCUUAUCUUUAACAAUUGUUCGAGCAUCCUUGAAAAGCGUUGCAAAGAAGGCCGUGGAGAGGAGUGGCCCAAGAUUUCUCAUAUCCCAAACAUCCAUUUUCUUUCCGAAUGGAGGACUCCAGAUCAAUUGACUCCUGAAAAGAGAUAUUGGCGGACCCUGGAGUAUCUUGCAACGUAUGGAACUACCAAUUGUCACUUCUUCAGAUGAUCUCUGGACAUGAUUGGUUAAAGGAGCAAUGUCGAUCAAUUGGUGACUCGCUAGCACAUGAUGAUCAUCAAGUUCAAAUUGUCCUGUGGAGAUAUGUUUGAUGAGGAGCAAUGCCGCACUUAGUCCCAACAUCUUACUGCAAUCCGAGGAUUCCUGAUGCUGAUGGGCAAUAUCACUGUUUGGAGCUCAAACUCUAGAGCUCAUUGCGGCUCUGCUGCUUCUGCAGAGUACUGCCAAGCCACAAUAUAAGUUUGUGGAUUUCUUCAAAGCUAACAAACUAUCAAAAGAGAGGAGCUAGUUGCAUUAGCAUUGCAUUCGAGCAACUUGAUUACUGAUAGAACGGAUUCCACCCAAUCCCGAAGUGACUUGAAAAUCCCGAAACAGUUUCGGGAAUCUCGAAUUUUGGGAAUUGAAUAGUUUCGGUUCAGUUUUGGAAUAUAAAAUCCCAUCCCGAAAUGUUUUGGUUUUGGGAUUUGGGUUGGGGGUUUCGGUCAGGAUUCCGACCCGAACCAACCCUAGAUUUAAGCUAGAGGGUUUGUCUCACUUUCUUGUAUUUUUUUUUUAUUUUCGUUUCCCCUCUUCUUUUGCAUGUUGUUUUUCUCCUUUUUCCUUAUACUAUGAGGGGUUAGGUUUAUGUCCCCCCUUCUUUUGCAUAUUGUUUUUCUCCUUCUUUUUUUUUCUUGUACUAUGAGGGGUUAGGUUUAUGUCCCCCCCUUGACUAGGUGUAAUUUUUUUUUUUUCGUUAUCAAUAAAAUUUCUCUCGUAACGCCGAGGUUUUCUUAAAAAAAAAAAAAAUAUAAUUUUGACUUUGUAUGCACGAGCGCUCUUAACAACUUAAGUUAUGUUGUAUUUAUUGUUCUAUCUAUGAAAAGUUCAUCAUUUUUUUUUUUUUUUUUCUCUUUGCUAUAAAUGGAUGUCAUCCUCUUCGUCCUCCUUUCUUUUCAUUUUUAUUUUUUCUUCCGCUUAUAGUUUUAGGGUUAAAUUCUGUUAUAUCAAAUCAAAUGUAACUUGUAAAGGUUUAAUUUUGGUCUAAUUGUAAACUUGUUUGAGUAUCCAAAGCAAUGUUUUUUUUAUUUGUUAUGCACACAAUUUUGUUUAAUGAAUGAAUACUUUUAACCAAUUGAACUUUAAGCUUCUUACAUAUCAAAAUUUCUUCAUAAAAUUUUUAUAUAAUUCUCCAAAGAAAGCGAUUGUCUAGCAAGACACUUGUAACUCAAGUAGGUAACAGUUUAGGGAGGUAAUUUUCACUCUUUUUAGCUUCAUGCACUUCUUUUUAUUUUUGAUGAUCAGAUUAAAUAAAUCAAACGAAAUCAAAGAACUAAUUAAACAUAGAUGUGUGAAGCUACAAAUGGUGUGUGUUUAUCAUUUUCCUACCUUUAAAUCAUUAUCUCCCCCACUAUCAUUCAUAUUCGUAUA